ACAGUGGUAUGUGAUUAGUAAUUUGGUGAUGGCAAAAAAUAGCGUUAGAAUCUGCAGCAUUUAUUGUUAAUUUAUGGUUGUUGAUAGUAAAUUCGCCACACAACAGAGAUCACCAUGGCAACUAAGAUUCUGUCGCAUCUAAACUUGCAAUUGUUUAAGGCGCUUGAUAGCGGGAACACUUUGAGGAAGUUCAGCAGUAUUUCUAGCAACAAUGGCUUCGUGUUUCGUCAGUUGUUUGACAAUGUGAGUAGCACGUACACGUAUUUGUUGGGUGACGCCAACUCAGGAGAGUGCAUACUUAUCGACCCGGUUUAUGAGUUGGCUAAACGAGAUUACGGUCUCGUCAAAGAUUUGAAUUUGGAAUUAAAGUAUGCAGUGAACACGCACAUGCAUGCGGAUCAUAUCACCGGCUCGGGCAAAUUGAAACAAAUAUCUGGAUGCAAAUCAAUUAUUUCGGCGUGCAGCGGAGCGGAUGCGGAUAUCCAUGUUAAUGAGAACGACUUUGUCGAAUUUGGAAGAUACAAGUUGAAGGUGUUGAGCACUCCGGGUCACACGAACGGAUGUAUUUCAUAUUAUUUUGAAGAAAAGAACAUGGCGUUCACGGGAGAUGCGCUGCUUAUUCGCGGCUGCGGUCGCACCGAUUUCCAGGAAGGCGACCCGGAAACACUGUACCGCAGCGUGCACGCGAAGCUGUUCACACUUCCGGCUUCCACGCUCCUUUAUCCUGCUCACGACUACACCGGCCGCACCGUGACCACCGUCGACGAGGAACGUCGUCUUAAUCCUCGACUCACCAAAACUCUCCGCGAGUUUGUCGACAUUAUGAACAAUCUCAAUCUGAGCUAUCCGCAGCAAAUUGAUAAAGCGCUCCCUGCCAAUAAAGUAUGCGGUCUAUACAACUUGCCGGAAGAGUCUAAGGCGGAAUAGAUAGAUGAGUAGAUAUUUCGGCUGGAAUUGGGAGCACUUCGAACUGCGGAAUUAGAUUUUAAAGAACAAAUAUAUUUUACCUAUGUAUCAA